CUGACUCAGAAAGCCACUUCCGAUUUUCAGCGCGUUGUUUUCAUUUUCUAGCAUUUAUUACAUCGAUUGAAUUUCUGCAUCUGAACUAUUUCUGCCAUUAUUAUCGAAAAAUGGAUGAUGAUCUGGGCAUUGACGGUGUUGAUCCGAGUGUCAGCUUUUUAUACAAGACUAUGUUUUCCCGAGAUCCAAAGAAGAGACGAGUAAAACCUGUUCAAAAACAUCUGAUACAAGUAGAUUUUGGUGGACUUGAUGACAGUGAAGAAGACAGUGAUUUUGAAUUAAACUCUCACAAAGAGGGUCACAACAGUGACAGUGGAGAGGAAGAAAGUGACAAGGGAUCCAAGGAGUCCAGUGAAUCCAAAGAAGUAGCUUCAGAAGCAGAAAAUGCUGAAGAAGGGGACGAAGAAGAAGCAGCAGCUGAGGGAGAGGCAGAAUCAUCAGAAGGAGAUAAUGAUGAUGAUGAUAAUGGUGAUGAUGAUGACAGCAAUGAUGAGAGCAAUGAUGAGAGCUCUAGUGACAAUGAUGAAGAUGCAGACAGUUCACGUGAGGAGCCAGCUUUUAACUUUUUCGGUGAUUAUGAUGAAGAUGAGGAUGAAGAUUAUGUUCCCAAGAAGAAAGAUAAGCAAAAGAAGGCUGCAGUAGAUACAGUUGUUAAAUUGAAGUUGCCAGAGGCCAAGCUUCCACCAGUCUCUGAAACUCAGCUGAAAGUCAACCAUGGCCACAUUAAAGUCCUCAUUUGUUGUGUUUGUCUGUCGGACACAAAUGCUGACGAUGAUGAAAUAGUAGAAUGUGACAAUUGUGGGGUGUCUGUACAUGAAGGUUGCUAUGGUAUCAGUGAGAGUCAGUCUGCUGCCAGCACCGAGUCAUCUGCAAGCACGGAGCCAUGGUUCUGUGAUGCUUGCAAGGCUGGAGUGAAACCUCACUGUGAGCUGUGUCCAAACUUUGGUGGAAUAUACAAGGAAACAGAUGCUGGCAAAUGGGUGCACCUUGUGUGUGCUUUGUAUACCCCUGGUGUGGCGUUUGGAGAUGUUGACAAGCUCAGUCCUGUCACGCUGUUUGAGAUGCCCUAUGUGCGAUGGGGAGCAAGGGAGUGUGCACUGUGUGAAGAUGCUCGGUUUUGCCGGACCGGUGUGUGUAUUAGCUGUGAUGCUGGCAUGUGUCGAACAUACUUCCAUGUCACCUGUGCUCAGAGAGAAGGUCUGCUGUCAGAGGCUUCCCCUGAAGAAGUAAUGGACAUUGCUGACCCUUUCUUUGCUUACUGCAAACUCCAUGCAGACAAGAAUUCUGCUCGUGCCAAGAGACGCAACUGGCUUGCCAUCCAGUCUCAUGUCCGGCGACAUUCGGACAGAGUCCUGGAAGAUGAAAAAGAAAAGGUGGAACAUUCCGUUGAGUAUAAAGCAAGAUUUCAUAGAAAACUUAACCGACAUCGACAGAAAUAUGCCAUUGCAAAAUCAAGGAGGCCACCUUCCUGGGUUCCAACACAAAAGUUAGUGAGAUUCCUGACAUCAAGCCCUUCAGCAGUAAGAAGAAUGUUGAAAAAAGCUGAACUCAUGGGCGUCAUAACACAGGUUCAUAACUCGUCCCAUGGUCAUGAGAAACAAGAAACUCGGAAGAAAUUGCACAUUGCUCCUGCUCUAACUUCCGACUUCAUUGGCUACUAUCUUGAGAGGAAUGCUCGUAUUGAAAACCUCAAGCAGAACAUGAAGGAUCUCAUCACACAGAAUGAUAAACUCAAAGAUCAGGAGAAAAUACUCCGCAGCCAAUAUGAUCAACUGUUUGCUGCUCUAGAGAAACACAAAGAGUCCACAACGCGCCUGAGAAAGGAGGGGGAGAAAAUGUGGGAUAACCUGUCAGAAUCUGGUGGAAAGGUAACAAUGAAAGUAAACAUUCCAGAAAUGUUUCGACCAAAGAAGGCCCCUCGAUCACCAACCAAGAAGGAAACACCCAAAUCUCCACCAGCUGUCAUUCACAAAUGUGGUAUCUGUGUGUUGACAACGGACCAGCACCUGCUGGCGAAAUGUGACAGCUGUAAGAAGCACUACCACUUAGGCUGUCUGGACCCACCUCUCACUAGGAUGCCCAAGAAGACCAAACUACAGGGAUGGCAGUGUUCUGAGUGCGUGAGCUCAAGCAGUGAUGAGUCUGUGGAGAAGAGUAACGUCAAUGUUGAUGCCCCUCGCCGCUUACGUGAAACCAUCAAACAACCACAGAAGUUUGUCAACAUGCAGAGACUUGAAAUGCUGAAGUAUUCCUUGCAGAAAGAGAAGAGGAACAAGAGCAAGAAUGCAAAGAGGAGCAGUAGUAGUAGCAGCAGCAGCAGGAGGAAGAAGACUGUGGAACAAGAGAAACAGGAAGAAGAGGUGGAGAGUGUUCCUACACCAACACCUGCACCAGACCCAGAUCCAGAACCAGAACCAGAACCAGAGCUGGAUCUGGAUCUGGAGGAGCCGGAGCCAGAGUCAGAACAAGAACCAGUCUUAGAACCUCCACCAAAGAAGCCCAAGAUGACUCCUACCACUUCUGCUCCAAAGAAGCCAAAACCUACAAAAGAAGAUGAGCAGCGGAAUGUGUGUGUUGUGUGCAAUCAACCAGGAUCCAACAGCAACCUGGUCAGCUGUGAUGAGUGCCAGCUGUGUUACCACUUCCAGUGUCUGAAUCCCCCCACCAGAAAGUCCCCCAAACCCCGAGGGUACACGUGGCACUGUGAAGCCUGUGACCCCACAGAUGAGUCGGAAAUGGACGAUGAUGAUGAAGAUGAAGGUACCGUCGAGGGGGAAGUCCACACGCGACCGUCGUCUCCCGAAGAAGUUAUGGAACAUGUGGAAAUUGUGAAUCUGGGUGAUGAGGAUGCAGAUGUUGAUGUUGAAGAAGAGGAUGAUGUUGUACAGAUAGACGACAGUGACUAACAGAUAUGACAAUCCAGCAGAGACAGAGAAUCAAAACUGAUGCAUUUCAUGUAUUUGUACAAAUAAUGUGCAACAUUCAUAAACUCAAAUCAUUGUUUAAAGGCAGUGUAGGGACCCCUGGGCUAACAGCAUCUUCCCAAGGUAAAAGUGUCUGUCCACUCUCAGGAAAACUAGGCUAGGAAUUUCAUACACUGAGGUCUUUUCCUGUGUAGAGUAGUUGUGGUCACAUCAACUGCCCAUCAUUGACUUUGUAGGUAUUAGGUAAAUACUGUACAAAUAGGAGCAAGCCAAAUUUAAAAUGAUCUUCCAGAUGUAUGUCUUUGUUGUCCUGUUCGUGGUAGAGAAGGGGCAGUUUGCUGGUCAGAUGUGUUUCAGUCAGUAUUGAUGGUGUAUAAAGUUGGAAAGCAUGUAUGUGUUUCUGUGCAGCAAGGAGCAGAUGUGCAGCUGUUGGACAUAUGGUAACUGGAUUACCUCCCUUUAACAGCUGUCCUCAAUUGGUUCCCCACUUUCUGUUCAGUGCUGGCAUAUUUUCACAUUAAAGAGUGUCAUGAUUUUUAUGACAUAUGGAUAUGCA